CGACACUCAGCUAAGAUGAAGUGUGAUCUGCAAGUGCCACUUAUGCUGUUGCUGGGAAUUAGUGCUUGGAGGACUGCAGCUCAUUCCCUGGGAGGAGGAGGAGGAGUUGGAGCUGUUGGAGGAGUGGGAGCCAUUGGAGGAGUGGGUGCCAUUGGAGGAGUGGGUGGUAUUGGAGGAGUCCAGCCCGUUCCAGUCAUCCAGCAAGUUCCAGUCGUUCAGCAAGUGCCCAUUGUGCAACAGGUGCCCGUCAUCCAGCAACAACAGCCUCAGGCUCUGGGACUCGUAGGAGGAGGUGGAUUCCUUGGCGGCGGAAUCGGAGGAGGAGCCGGCUUUGGACGCUAUAAGGAAAGCUAUCGUGUACGAGCACGGGGCUUUGGGGGUGGAUACCGCGCCCGGUACGACAAAAAGUUCGGAGAAGGAUUCGCUGGAUUUGGAGCUGCUGCUGGAGCAGGAGCGGGUGCAGUGGGUGGCGGUCUACUGGGAUAGAUAUUAGUAAAUAAUGUAGAGAAAUUGCCAAAUAAAUACAAGUUAAUACAAAAC